GACAACUCGCGCAAUGUCCAUCAGAACUGGACGUAUUCUGUGGUCGUCCGGGGCCUCGCGCCCGGCCCCCGCGGCCCUCGCCGCGACCCGGCGCGGGUUGAGCGCCUGGUCCAACGACUCCGUCCCGACGGGGUCCGUGGCGACGCUCCACGAGCUGGGCGUCGCCGCGGGCGAGGCCUACGGCGACCUCAAGUCCCUGGGCACGCGCAAGGACGGCGCCUGGGUCUGGACGACCUUCGCCGAGCGCGCGGCGCGCGCCGACGCCCUGGGCAACGCCCUCGCGAGCUACGGCGUCGAGCGGGGCGACCGCGUCGCCGUCAUCAGCAAGAACCGCGAGGAGUUCGUCGCGACCAUGUACGGCGCGUACGCCGCGGGCGCCGCGCACGUGCCCAUGUACGAGCAGCAGAAGCCCGAGGAGUGGGAGUACAUCCUCAACGACUCCGAGGCCAAGGUCGUCUUCGUGUCCACGGCCGCGCUCCUGCCGUCCGCGCGCGAGGCCGCGCGCAAGUACGGCAAAAAGGUGCUCUGCUUCGAGGACCUCGAGGCCGGCGGCGAGCACAACUUCGCCGAGGCGCUGGACUACGGCGCGACGCUCGACGGCGCCGCCGCCGCGGCCCAGCGGCCGUCCGCGAGUGACCUCGCGUCGCUCAUCUACACGUCGGGCACGACGGGCAAGCCCAAGGGCGUCGAGCUCACGCACGACAACCUCGUCUGGAACUGCACGACCAUGCGCGACCUCAUGCGCGAGGAGAUGGGCGCCAUCGGCCACUACCCGACGGCGCCCGUGCGGUCCCUCGCGAUCCUGCCCUGGGCGCACAUCUACGGCCAGACCAUCGAAUUGCACGGCAUGACCGCCGCGGGCCACGAGGUCGCGGUGGCCACGGACCCGACGACCUUCCUGGCCGAGGUCGCCGAGGCGAAGCCCGACUGCCUCUUCGCCGUGCCCGCGCUCUACAACCGCGUCUUCGACGGCUUCCAGCAGACGAAGGCCGCGAUGCCGGAGAAGAAGCGCGCGCUCGCGGACAAGGCCGUCGCGCUGGGCGCGAAGAAGGCGCGGAGCCGCCUCACGGACGCCGACGGGUCGUCGCCGCCGCCGCUGACCCUGGUCGAGUCGCUCCAGCAUUUCGUGCUGGACAAGCUCGUGCUCUCGAAGGUCCGCGACAAGCUCGGCGGCAAGCUGCUCUUCGCGGGCAACGGCGGCGCGGCCCUGUCCAAGGAGGUGCGCGACUUCAUGGACGCCUGCGGCGUGCCCAUGACCAACGGCUACGGCCUCACGGAGACGUCGCCCGUGCUCACGAAGGAGAAGCCGCUCGAGCUGGCGAACGACGUCAAGGGCUCCAUCGGCGUAGCCCUGCCGGGCGUCGGCGUCAAGGUGCUCGACGCCGACGGCGCCGAGGUCGCGCCGGGCGAGCCCGGUGAGCUCUGCGCGUCGGGCCGCGGCGUCAUGCGCGGCUACUGGAAGAACCCGGACGCGACGGCGGAGGUGCUCUUCGAGGACGGCGGCGAGACGUGGUUCCGCACGGGCGACCAGUGCGUCGUCGACGCGUCGGGCCACGUGCGCAUCGUCGGCCGCAUCAAGGAGCAGUACAAGCUCGCCAACGGCAAGUACGUCGUGCCGACGCCUUUGGAGGAGCAAUUGGCGCGGAGCCGCUACGUCGCGCAGGCCUUCCUCUACGGCGACAACCGGCCCUACAACGUCGCGCUCCUCGCCCUCGACUGGGUCGCCGUCGCCGAGAAGUUCGGGAAGGCCGGGUCCGUGGCCAUGCCCGCGCCCUACCUCUUCGAGCCCGCGGCGGCCGUCGAGGGGCUGCUCGAGGCGCACGGCGCCGAGCUCAAGGCGCUCCUCGCGGACGAGAUCGCGGCCCACUCGUCGGGCUUCAAGAACUUCGAGCUCCCGGAGAAGUUCGCCAUCCUCACGGAGGGCUUCAACCUCAAGCGCGGCAUGGUCACGCCCAAGAUGUCCGUCAAGCGGCCCGCGGUCUUCGCGGCGCACGAGGCCGACGUCGACGCGCUCUACGCGGAGGACGACUGCGCCGCCGACGAGCCCAUCGCCGCGUCCGCCUAGGCGCGGCCCUUGCUUGACCCCCGCUCCCCUUCUUUAAUCUCCCCACUGCCUCUCAG